AUGAAUGAAACACAACAACAACAACAACAAGAUUAUAUUGGAGGUAUCAGUUUAAUUAAAAAGAGUGAAGUAUGUCUGUUAGUGUUAAAGUAUCUGAAGGAUGAACGAUUCAAUGAGAGCUAUGAGGUGUUCUCACGUGAGAGUCAGUCGAUCACCAAGAACCUUCAGAAGAUUGCGAAUCGCGGUGUAAAGAGUCUUCCUACCAUUCUCAAUGAAUACGUUGUUCUCAAAGAUACAAAGCGUAGACAUGAUUCAUUCGUAUCGACAUUACUCUUGAACAAUCGUAUUGGUACUGCAGAUCCAUUGUAUCAAACCAUUCAAAGCACACUGAUAUCACUUCGCACCGUACUAGAUGAUUACUCAUCCUAUAGAUCUAAUCUUUUCACAAAUCCAACAACCGCUAUACCUACAACAUCAUCGUCAACAACAAUUAAUAAAACAAUACCUAACAAUAACAAUAAUAAUAAUAAUAAUCCGACAAUAACAGCAACGACAACAACAAAUCCAAUAAUAAACAAACCACAAAUAAGCAAUAAUAAUAGCAAUGAAAAGAAAAGAAAGUUUGAAUUUAAUAAUAGCAAUAAUAGUAGUAAUAGUAGGUCAAAUCAAUUUAAACAAAUUAAUAGUAAUAUAAAUGUAAAUAGUAGUAGUAAUAGUAACAAUAAUAGUAAUAGUAACAAUAACAAUAGUAAUAAAAAUAGCAAUAAUAGCAAUAAUAAUAUUAGUAGUAGAAAUGAUUUGGUCAGUGCAACUAUUGAUUUAACAACACCAACUAAAUCAUCAAGAGUAACACCACCUGGAGGUGUUUCAAAGAGAAAGAAUAUGACACCAAAGAAACUGACGAGAACAGGUGAUACCGAUAUGUUUGAACAAGAUUCACCUGUAACCACUUCAAACUCUAAUGUGUUACCACUUACUGAUUUCGGAAAGAGUCUAGAGGAACUCCUUAGUAAUCCUCAUAUACAAGAAAAGAUAGCUGAUCACAUUAACUAUGGUUUAUCACAACAACAGCAACAACUACAACACCAACAUCAACAUCAUCAGUAUAAUCAAGUUAUCAACAACAACAAUAAUAAUAAUAAUUCAGAUAUGAUUAAUAAUAAUAAUAAUAACAAUAAUGCAUUUGAUACAAACAAUAAUGAUUUAACACAGCAGCAACAACAACAACAGUUUCAGAACAAUCAACAUCUGCAAAUUCAACAGCAACCGCUAGCAUCACUGUCAGAGACAGACGGUAUGGGACUGUUACUACCGGAUAUCGAAUGGGAUCUUGGUGAUAUUGUAUCUUCGAUCGAAGCGGAUCCAGAGAUUGGUGGAUACGUACAACAACAACUACAACAGCAAUUUAACAAAACAUCGAAUUUCAAUGAUCAUAUGAAUAUUGAUUUCACUACAGAUUACUUUGAUUCAACAACCAACAACAAUAAUAAUAAUAAUAUGAAUAACAAUAAUAUAAAUCAGUAUAAUUCGUUAUCUCCAAGGAGAGAUAAUGAUAAUGAGAAUGAAUAUCUAUAUCACUCGUUGCAGUCUACGCCAGGAAGCGGUAGAAGCACGACAUCUAUGUACAGAUCAACAAGUAACAAACGACAUCAACCUCUUUUUCCAAUCAAUGAACAAGCCGAUGAACAUCAAGAAAAGAACGAACAAACUAAUACAUCGACUACGACAACAACAACAACAACUACCACGACAACCUCUACAACAUCAUCUGCAUCUACGUCAUUAACAAAACCAAAUGAAAACAACAAUGAAGAUAACAAUAACAAUAAUAAAAAUAAUCCUGACAACAAUAACAAUAAUAAUAAUAAUAAUAACAAUACAAAUAUGAUACCUGACAAUAUUGACGAAUUUCUUUCGACACUUAACUAUAAUGAAGAUUAA